AUGAAUAAAAAUAUGAUACUGAUAUUGUGCAGAGAUGUCAGCAAGAUGAAUUAUGUGCAUUGUAGAAGAGGAAUGUUACUAGCAUGGGGUACCAUAAUUUCAAAUGAGUACAAUCUUGGUGAUGAUAUGAUGAUAUCAUGUAAUGUCUGUUUCUCUACCAUUAUCUUCUAUGAUUUAGUUCUUAUGUUUUUAGUGUUAUUGACUAGAGUCUUAGUAUUUGUCUUAUGUAAAAUAAAUGUCGGCGAUAAAGAAGUAUAUAAAAUUAGGGGAAAGAGGUAUAGGGGUAUCGGGAGCAAGAUUUCCCAAGAAACCUGGGAGACCACUCUUGUCCCUCGAGACACGUCACUCGGUCGAUUCACCGUCGACGUCAACGCCCACGAGUCCGCACACGUGACAAACUAUAUCUUCCUCAAUGGUCUAGUGGCUAGGAUCCGACGCUCUCACCGUCGUGGCCGGGGUUCAAUUCCCCGUUGGGGAAAACAUUUUGUCAAAAUGUUAGCCAGUUUGCUAUCUAAGAGUGUCAGACAUUAUUUUGAUGAAUCUGUAAAAUCUGAAGAUAUAAAAGGAAGAUUAACCCAGAUUGGGAAUGACAAGAGUGUCAUACCCAAAUUCUUGUCAGCCAAUCUGGAUGACAAUUAUACAGAAUUCUCUUUUGAGAACAACGACCAAAGUGAUUUCCUUUUGCUCACAAAAGAAUUAGAAAGCACAUAG